AUUUCCCUUCCCUCUCUUUCUCUACCUCGAGAUCCUCACUUUCUAGCGCUCGUCUGACCGUCGUUUGUAGAGGGGCUGCUGCUCUCCGGCUAUGGCUCUUUCCUCCACCGUCGCUCUAUCCUCAAAAUCUUCCCUCUCGCCGGAGGUUGCCGCCUUCUCGUCUUCCCUCCCUUCUCUCAGGAUCAAGCCCUCCGGCGUCCGCUGCUCCGUCGCGGCAGCUCCGGUUAGGGUCGGGAAGGACUGCGCCCUGAAGUCCCUCAAGGCGAGGCAGAUCGUCGAUAGCCGCGGGAACCCCACGGUGGAGGUUGAUCUGGUCACUGGCGCCGGAAACCUCUACAGAUCGGCGGUCCCCAGCGGCGCCUCGACGGGGAUCUAUGAGGCGCUGGAGCUGCGGGAUGGCGAUAAGGCUGUCUAUGGAGGGAAGGGGGUGUUGAAGGCCGUGCGGAACAUCAACGAGGUCAUCGCGCCGAAAUUGAUCGGCGUCGACGUCAGGAACCAAGGCAAUGUGGAUGCUGUCAUGUUAGAGCUUGAUGGAACUCCCAAUAAGUCAAAAUUCGGAGCUAAUGCCAUUCUUGGAGUGUCACUCAGCGUCUGCAGGGCUGGUGCAGGGGCUAAGGGUGUACCUCUGUACAGGCACAUCCAGGAACUCUCUGGAACAAAGGAGCUGGUUAUGCCCGUCCCCGCUUUCAAUGUGAUUAAUGGCGGAAGUCAUGCUGGAAAUAAUUUGGCUAUGCAAGAAUUCAUGAUUUUGCCUGUAGGUGCUGCUUCAUUUGCUGAGGCCAUGCGCAUGGGCAGCGAAGUCUACCACACCCUGAAGGGAAUAAUCAAGGCUAAAUAUGGGCAAGAUGCUUGCAAUGUUGGUGAUGAAGGUGGAUUUGCUCCUAAUGUUCAAGAUAACAGGGAGGGCCUUGUUUUGUUGCUUGAUGCAAUUGAGAAAGCUGGUUACACAGGAAAGAUCAAGAUAGGCAUGGAUGUUGCAGCUUCAGAAUUCUUCACCAAAGAUGGGAGAUACGACCUGAAUUUUAAAAAGCAGCCAAAUGAUGGAUCUCAUGUGUACUCAGCUCAGAGUUUAUGUGACUUGUACAAAGAAUUCAUUGGAGACUUCCCAAUCGUUUCCAUAGAAGAUCCGUUUGAUCAAGAUGAUUGGAGUUCAUGGGCUUCCCUGCAAUCUUCAGUUGAUAUCCAACUUGUAGGAGAUGAUUUGCUAGUGACAAAUCCAAAGAGAAUAAAAGAGGCAAUUCAAAAGAAGUCCUGCAAUGGUCUAUUAUUGAAGGUUAAUCAGAUAGGUUCAGUUACAGAAUCAAUUCAGGCGGCUCUUGACUCUAAAGCCGCUGGUUGGGGUGUAAUGGUCAGCCACCGUAGUGGAGAGACGGAAGACAAUUUUAUUGCUGAUCUUUCUGUUGGUCUAGCAAGUGGACAGAUCAAAACUGGAGCCCCAUGCCGAAGUGAGAGGCUGGCCAAGUACAAUCAGCUUCUCCGUAUUGAAGAAGAGCUCGGGGAUGUUCGUUAUGCUGGUGAAGCUUUCAGGUGUCCGUGAUAUCUAUGUUGAAGAAGAAAGGUUGCAAACGAAGUUAAGGGGCCCGAUGCACGUACAAUCAUAAGUUUAGGCGUUAAAUUUUGUAGAAUCAAUUUUAGUAGGUGCACUUAGAUGUGGAUGUCAUUUCUGUGCCAUUGUUAGCAACUCUGCUGUUGUAAGUAACAUGGUCGCAGCCCUAGGUUCUCUGUUCAAGUUUGACACUGAAAAUUAAAUAAACACAUCUGCUUCUGCAUUUCUUUUC